AUGGCGCUCCUGUGGGCAUGGGUGCACGCGCGCGUCGGCUUCCUCCUCUCUCUCAUGGUUUCUGCGGCCAGAUCCGCCACCCUAUCCCUCCCUGCGUUCAAGCCGGUGACGGACGCGGUCGACAAGACCGGCGACCCGCAGCUCUGCGCUCCGUACGCGUCCGACAUCUACUCCUACCUCCGAUCCAUGGAGGUUCAAGCGAGACGGCGGCCGGCGGCGGAUUACAUCGAGAGGGUGCAGGUGGACGUCACCCCCAAUAUGCGCGGCAUCCUCGUCGACUGGCUCGUCGAGGUCGCCGAGGAGUACAAGCUCGUCUCCGACACGCUCUACCUCACUGUCUCCUACAUCGACCGCUUCCUCUCGUCCAACUCCCUCAACCGUCAGAAGCUGCAGCUCCUCGGCGUCUCUGCCAUGCUCAUUGCCUCUAAGUACGAGGAGAUCAGCCCCCCAAAUGUGGAGGACUUCUGCUACAUCACCGACAACACCUACAUGAAGCAGGAGGUGUCUAUUAAGAUGGAGAGGGAUGUACUAAACAAUCUCAAGUUUGAGAUGGGCAAUCCUACCUCUAAGACCUUCCUAAGGAUGUUCAUCAAAUCUGGCCAAGAAGAGAAGGUAAUGGUCCACUAG